CAAAGGAGUUUAGGAUGCUGCGUUUGCGUUGCAAGGCCAAGAAUGGGACCCAUCUGAUGCAGGGCCUAACGCACCAGUCCUGUGUUCAAGAGCUGAAAGAUAAAGUGGAGGAGCUUACUGGCAUCCCUUGUGAUGUGCAGAAAAUCAUGGUGGGUUAUCCUCCCUCCAGCUUGGAUCUCCGCAACGGAGAUGCGUACCUCAAGGACUACCCCAUUAAAUCAGGAGACACUCUGAUUGUAGAAGAGGAAAAGAACAAACCCAAACCUCAGACAAACGCUGCUGUGACAAAGGGAUCACAUGUGGAGUCUUCUCCCGUGUUAAUGCGCCGUGUUGUCCCUGCUGACAACUCCUGUCUGUUCACUAGUGUCAACUACGUGGUAGAAGGAGGGGUAUACGACCCAACUUGUGCUCCCGAAAUGCGAGGCCUCAUUGCUCAGAUCGUGGCCAGCGACCCUACGGCCUAUUCUGAGGCUGUGCUCGGGAAAACCAAUGAGGAGUACUGUGCCUGGAUCCGUCGCGAUGACACCUGGGGUGGCGCCAUUGAAGUGUCCAUCCUCUCUAAGUUCUACCAGUGUGAGAUUUGUGUGGUGGACACGCAGACUGUGCGCGUAGACCGCUUCGGCGAGGAUUCGGGCUACAAUAAACGGGUUCUGCUCAUUUACGACGGGAUCCAUUACGACCCGUUGCAGAAGAUAGUACCCGGCUCCGAAGCCCCGCCCCAGACUGUUUUCUCCACCACCGAUGACAUCAUCCUGGCGGAGGCUCUAGAGCUGGCCGACGAGGCACGGAGGAAGCGGCAGUUCACGGACGUCAACCGUUUCUCUCUGCGGUGCAUGGUGUGCCAGACAGGUCUGGUGGGACAAAAAGAAGCUCGUGAACACGCCAAGGAGACUGGUCACACUAAUUUUGGGGAGGUGUAAACCUGUUCGUCGACCCUUAAGGCUCACAACACCACUCCACCCUACUGCCACCCUGCCUCACGUGUUGCUCACCCCUCCACAGCUGCCC